CCCCCCCCCCCCCCUCAGCCUAGUCAGAGAGGUUGGAUAUAAAAGCCCGAACUGCCUCCCUGUCACUCUGCUCUACUGACCUGGACAUCCAACAUGAGGCCUCUGCUUCUCGUGGCACUGCUCGGAUGCCUCGCCGCCGUGUUCGCGGCCCCAGCUGAGAAGGUGAGAUGGUGCGUCAAGUCGGAACAAGAACACCGGAAGUGUCAGGACCUCGUUGCUCAGGCUCCUGUCUUCUCCUGCGUGAAAAAAGACAACACCAUCGACUGUAUCAUCGCCAUUAAGGCUGGUGAAGCAGAUGCCAUCACUUUGGAUGGAGGAGACAUCUACACUGCUGGACUGAACAACUACGACCUGCAUCCCAUUAUUGCUGAGGACUAUGGCCCCUCUUCAGAGACCUGCUACUACGCUGUCGCUGUGGCGAAGAAGGGCACACAGUUUGGCUUCCAAGACCUCAGAGGGAAGAAAUCCUGCCACACCGGGCUGGGGAAAUCUGCAGGCUGGAACAUUCCCAUUGGAACUCUGGUGUCCAUGAACAUAAUCCCCUGGCAAGGCGUUUCAGUCAAACCAGUGGAGGAGGCGGUGAGCGAGUUCUUCGUGUCCAGCUGUGCCCCGGGGGCGACGAGGGGCAGCAGUCUGUGCGCCCUGUGCAAGGGAGACUGCUCCAGGUCCCACAGCGAGCCUUACUAUGACUACGGCGGUGCUUUCCAAUGUCUGGCGGAGGGUGCUGGAGACGUGGCUUUUGUGAAGCAUCUCACUGUCCCUGAUUCUGAAAAGGCCAACUACGAGCUGCUGUGCAAGGAUAACACCAGAGCGCCUAUCGACAACUAUAAAUCCUGCUACCUGGCCAAGGUACCAGCUCACGCUGUCGUCUCCCGUAAGGACCAACAGCUGACAGAUUUAAUCUGGAAAUCCCUCACCACAGUCCAGAACUUUAACCUCUUCUCCUCUGAGGGCUAUGGUGCCAAGAAUCUGAUGUUCAAGGACUCAACCAUGAAGCUGGUGCAGCUGCCGCCUAACACAGACUCCUUCCUCUAUCUGGGUGCUGAAUACAUGAGCAUUGUCCGUUCCCUCAAGAAAGAGCAGGCCGCAGGCGCCGCGUCCACAGCCAUUAGAUGGUGCGCCGUUGGCCAUGCUGAGACCUCCAAGUGUGACGCGUGGAGCAUUAACAGUGUGACUGAUGACGGCACCUCCACCAUUGAAUGCCAGAACGGUGGCUCAGUUGAAGAAUGCCUGAAAAAGAUUAUGCGUAAAGAGGCUGAUGCAAUGGCGGUAGAUGGAGGACAGGUGUACACAGCUGGAAAGUGCGGCCUGGUUCCUGCUAUGGUGGAGCAGUAUAAUGAAUCUCACUGCACUAACCCAGGUGAAGCCUCAUCUUAUUACGCAGUGGCUGUAGUAAAGAAAGGCUCAGGUGUGACCUGGGAGACCCUAAAGGGCAAGAGGUCCUGCCACACAGGCAUCGGCAGAACCGCCGGCUGGAACAUCCCCAUGGGUCACGUCCACAGAAUUACUCAAGACUGUGACUUCACAAAGUUCUUUUCCAGCGGCUGUGCCCCCGGAGCAGAUCUCACCUCCCCAUUCUGUACCCAGUGUGCUGGCAGUGGCAAAGCUGUGGGUGACGAGUCCAAGUGCAAAGCCAGUGCUGAUGAGCAGUACUAUGGCUACGCUGGAGCCUUCAGAUGUCUCGUGGAGGGUGCCGGUGAUGUCGCCUUCAUCAAACACACAAUCGUUGGCGAGAACAGUGACGGUAAUGGUCCGUCGUGGGCUAGCAAUGUAAGGUCCGCUGACUACGAGCUGAUCUGCCCCGGGCUGGGUCCGGUGCCGGUCACAGAUUUCCUCUCGUGCAACUUGGCCAAGGUUCCCGCGCAUGCUGUGGUGACUCGUCCAGAGAGCCGCACCGAGGUGAUCACCAUCCUCCAGGAUCAGCAGGGCAAAUUUGGAACCGGUGCCAUUGAUUCUCCAUUCAGAAUGUUCCAGUCAGAAGGAGGAAAGAACCUCCUCUUCAAGGACUCAACUAAAUGUCUCCAGGAGAUUCCAUCUGGAACAAACUACGAACAGUUUUUGGGACAAGAUUACAUGAGUGCCAUGAAUUCACUCAGACAGUGCAGUGACACCACUCCAGAUCUGGAGAAAUCUUGCACUUUCCAUUCCUGUCAGCAAAAAAUCUAGUGGUGACCAUGGACCGUGUGGUGCCUCAGAUAGCUCUCAGUGAUUCGAGCACCUUACCCACACUUCCCACACUCGACCCAAAAAUUGCAUUCAGCAUUCUCUUACCAAUCCUGUUGCAGACCUGUUUUUAGAAAAACAAACAGAUGCAUUGCACUAUCAUAACCAACAAAUCGACUAGUAUCUCUGACCAAUCAUGCCCCUGUGGAGCUAUUUUCAUGCUGUUGAAACAAAAUGUUACACUAUCACUAUCAUUAGACCAACUAUGUUUUGUUAACACAUGCCUCACUUUUCUCAAAUAAAGACUUUUUAAUGCUC